UAUAAACGUCGAGAACGGCAUCAUCACCGCUAAAAGGAACCGGAAUGUUCAAUACAAGGCCCAACACAAGCAUGGACAUUAUUUUCUCCCUCGUCGUCGUGCCAUUUUGAGCCCUGGCAGCGCGACAUAAAACCAUGAUCGAUCCAGCAUGGCCAUCCCAUCACAGCAGCCACCCUCGGCCAAGAGCAAGAGCAAGAGUAAGGGCAAGGACAAGGCUCCACGACGUAGCAAGGCGAGAUCCAAAGUGCCGACGUCCUUGAAAUCGACUCGUCCGCCUCUCCUCGCCGCUUCCUGGGCGCCGGCCCCGGCGCCGGCCCCGAGCCCGACGACGGCGAGCGCGAAAACAGCAGGUGGUCCACCGUCAUCGUCCAGCAUCUCCGCUCGGUCGACGCCCUCGUCGAAACACACCCGCGCGCUGAUCAAUACGCACCACCUGCUCCAGAAGCGCCUCGCGCACGCGCGCGCGAGGCACGACGUCGACGCGGCCCGCGAGAUCGAGGCUCAGCUCGCAGCGCAGGGCGGGUUGCAGUCGUACCAGCGCGCGAGCCGGACGGGCCAGAGCGCCGAGCGCGGCGGCGACUCCAGCCGCGUGCUGGUCCGCUGGCUCGAGGGGGAGCUUGGCUCUCGCAAGGCUGCCCUGCGCAACCGCCGUGAGGGCGCUUUACGACGGAGGGGACGACAGGAGACUCACUUGCAGGGUCAUCAUGAUGACGACGUCGACGUCGACGUCGACGAGGACGAGGACGAAGAUGGCGAUGGCGAUGGCGGACAGGCUACGAAUCCUCAAGAGCCCGCGGCAGGAGUGCAUCCGCUCCGCAUCCUCGAGAUUGGCGCACUGAGCACGCACAACGCCCUGAACGUCGCGGGGGUCACGCACGUGAGGCGGAUCGAUCUGCGCAGCGCCGAAGAGGGGAUCGAAGAGGUCGACUUCAUGCACCUCCCACUUCCCAGCGGGGUCGGACGCGGCGGCAGCAAAAGGGGGGAGCGGUGUGACCGCGAGCAGCAGCGAGGAGGGUACGAUGUGCUCAGUCUCAGCCUGGUGUUGAACUACGUGCCCGACCCCAAGCAGCGGGGAGCGAUGCUGAAGCGUACGACCUUGUUCUUCUCGCCGCCACUAUCACCAUCACCAUCACACUCGAAAUCACGUCCGAUAGCACAAUCACAAUCACAAUCACAACCGACCCCAGCCCCGGCUACUUCUACAUUCCUCCCUUGCCAGGGGAACCGCCGGAUGGGUGAGACUACCGACGACGACGACAAAACGGAAGAAGCCAGUCCGCACGACGUGACACAGCUCCCGUGCCUCUUCCUCGUCCUGCCCUCGCCCUGCUUGCACAACAGCCGCUACCUCACGCCGCAGCAUCUCACCGCCAUCCUCAACUCGCUCGGCUACAUCCACCUGCACACAAAGACCACGCGCAAGCUGCAUUACAGCCUCUGGCGCUUCGACGGACCAAGAGCCAGAGACAAGUGGAUUAAAAGUGGCGGCGACACGGUGUUUAAAAAGAGGGAGAUCAAUCCCGGAGGCGGCAGGAACAAUUUUUGCAUCGUACUGGACGACGACGAUUGGGAGCCAUAGAAUCUGUCGACUUGAGGGCAGGGCGCAAUCAAGGGAAACUGUGGAUCGAAGGGAAUGCAAUAGAGUCUG